AUGAUUGAAGAAAUAGUUUUUGAUUUAGUUUUAGAAAAUGAGAUUGAUUUUAGCUGGGAAGAAAAAUCUAAGAUAGAAAGAAAAAUAUUUAUUAGCUAUAAACUUGAGGUGAUUAAAGAUUUUUAAUAAUAUUAUAAGAUAGACGAAAAGUUGGUUAAACAAGAAGAUUACAGACACACAUCAAUCAAUCAAUCUUAACUUUACAAAAUAUUAAAAAAGAAAUUUUACGAUCAAAAAAAUAUCGCAAACGAAAUAAUUUGGUUGAUGAAAUAUUACUCAGAUUUUAUUUUUAUUUGGCUUAGCUAAAUAAAAAAAAUUAAUAAGCGAACUUGA